AAAAAACUAAGUAAAAACGUAAAAGAAAAACCUUCCGCUCCAAAGCUCUUUAUUGUUACUCAACAAAAGAAAAAACAAAACAAUAGCUCUCAUCUUUUAUAGUGAAAAUGAAUAUCAGAUCCACAAUCUUACUUUCACUGUUGACUUCUAGUGCAGAAGCACACUUCCGUGUUCCUUUUCCUGGAGAAAGAAAUGCAACCAAUUGGGAUACUCAAACCAUAUCUCCAUGUGGCGGCGACAAUGCUGUAGUUUUUCCAAGGUAUGAAUGGAACCCAAAAGGUUCUCCGGUCGAGAUAAAUUACCAUCACAUGUACGGUGUCGGUGCUAUCUACUUUUGUGGCUCAGGAAACUGUACCACAGGUGCUGACUUUAACGAGCUAAUAUACGAACCCGUGGACCAAACAAAGGGUAACUUUUGUAUUCCAGCAGUCCAAUUACCAGAGAAGUACAACAAGAUAAACAGUACUGGUGUUAUUCAGAUAAUUUAUGGUGCACCUGGCAAAGAGGAUGGUGAGUACGACUUCAUGUACAACUGUAUUGAUGUCGUGGUCUCCAAUGAUGGCCCAACUUUUGACGGGCAAUGCUCUAAUUCUACGGAAUUUGCUGAAGCUGAUACUGUUGAGAUAAGAUGCCGAAGCCAAUCAUGAUCGAGGGAUAAGAGAUAAGAAUCUUAUCAUGAUAAGGUAUCUUAGGGUUGAGAUA